AUGACUGGAAAGCAGAGUCCCAUGCGUAUGUUUAUCAUGUUGCCUUUGAUUUUUCUCAUGGGGAAGAUUGAUUUUGAGAAUGAAUGGCUACUAUUUUCGGCACGUACUGCCUUUUGUCUCUGUCAAACCAUUGCUUUACUUGUGGGAUUUUAUCUCAAACAUUUGAUUCAACGGAAGCAUGAUACACGCAAGAUCUAUGUACCCAAUAUUAAAUCACCCUUUGAUCAAUCACCAAAUUAUGAUGAAUUGACUGAGACAACGUAUGAAAGUCAUGAAUUGGCCAAAGUGAAUGAAUUUAUUAAACAGACGCUCAUUGGGGCAGGUAUUUCAUCCUUUAUCCACUUUAAAAUGGGUGUUAACCACGUGGUAAUGAUCCAGAGCAUCAUGAUGCCCAUUAAUCUAUGGGAUAAUGCACUAGUACAGGCUUAUAUCUUGGGUCGUCGUAAUGGACGUAUUUGGAAUGAACGACUUGAGGGUGAAUCAGCACAAGAUGCAGCAGCAGCAGCAGCGGGUGAGACGAUAACAACGUCUACAGUAUUAACAAGUGUAGACGCACAGGAAAAGAACAAGCAGGUACAUUUGACGCCAGAAGAGGCAAUUGCUGAGACACUGGCAGCUGGUGCAGAUGCGGACUUUGACACACUUUGGAACGUGGUCAAAUGUAAAGUGAAUGCAAAGACAGACGAGGACCAAUGGACGGCGCUGAUGGUGGCCUGUGGAUCACCUGUGGACACGGAAGAGUUUAUCAAGAAAGUGGUAAAGGCGGGAGCUGAUGUGCUGGCUGUGGAUGGAGACGGAUGGACAGCACUGCAUUGGAGCGCGUUUCACGGUCGCCCAGAGGCUGCAGAAGCGCUGCUAUCAAGCAUCUCGAUUGAGAAGCGCGAGACACUACUGGCUAUCAAGGCGUCUGAUGGUCGAACGGCAGCGGAGGUUGCCAAGGGUGAAGAGAAUGCCGAUGUGGUUGCGAUCCUGGCUAGCUACGCGGAAAGUAGCGUUAGUGACGAGGAGACCUCGACUCUGCGUCAGCGAAAGACUGGCGUAUCAUCGGUGGAAGACGUGGACUAG